UCCUUCGUGACCACCGCGCCUGCUCCGAUCGUGCAUCCCUUUUCGAUGGUGACGCCAGGUAAGACCACCACAUUGGCCCCGAUCCAGCAAUCGUCGCCUAUGGUAAUCGGCUUGGCAUACUCGAUGUUCUCGCGGCGACUCUGCACUUCCGUCUCGUGUGUGGCGGUGAGCAGGGAGACGUUGGGUCCGAACAUGACGCGGUCGCCGAUCGUAACGAGAGCACAGUCGAGGAUGGUGAGGUUGAAGUUGGAGUAG